GUUUGAUUUUGUUGCUUAUUAAUAAAAAUUCAUUCGAAUGCUGUAGUAGUUUACAAUUCCGAUUUAGUAAUGUGAUUCGUGAGUGUACUGUAUAGAACAAUGUAAUGAUUGUGUGAUUGGUAAGUGAACUGUUUUGCUAUUUUCCUUAGAUCAACUUAUAUUUUUUUUCUGUUUGAAUUUCUUCGAACUCGUAGAAUGAAAAAAUGUAUAUACAAGUAUUUCCGUGAGUACAGAUAUUCGUAUGGAUAACGUCGUACUCCAAGUUGAAUCCUCUAGAUGAUUAAUUAGAGCAAGUUACAUACCUUCUUUUACAUGUUUUUUGCGUGAAUACAUUUCCAUUAUAAUCUAUCAUUUUCUAUAGUUCAAGAAAGUUAAAUUGAAAUAUUAUCAACUGGUUUUCAAUCAAAUCACUUGAGUGUAAUUGCUCUAUCAUCACGCUAACAGAAUGAAUGUAAAGUCAGCUAAACUGAUCAGCUCUAUUAUAUCGACGAAUUCAUUUAACGGGUCAUGGUGACCAAAAUUGAAUGAAAAAUAAUUUUGACUAGGUAGAUCGAUUAAGUAGGGCAUUGUGGUAUAUUCAGCUUUCUAUAUGUAUGUUCGAACUGUAACAAAUCUUUUCUCCAUGAUAGUAAUGAAAUUUGAAAAUUUCUUACGACAAUAUAUAUCCCUACCAAAUUUUUAGAUUUCUGUGUUAAAAUAAUGUUUUUUAGACAGUGAAAGCAUUCCUUCCUGCGAUGAUUAAGAGCAAUAAAGGUCAUAUUGUGAACAUAUCGAGUUUAGUUGGUCUCAUGGGUUGUCCAGUAAUCGUAGAUUAUUGUUCUUCUAAGUACGCAGUUAUUGGGUUCAGUGAAGCAUUACAAAUGGAAUUAGACUUCCACGGAUAUAAUAUUUAUACUACAGUAGUAUGUCCAGUUUUCAUUCAGAGUACGGGCAUACCUGCAGCUAAAUAUUCUGGGAUUUUGCCGAUUCUUAAUCCACAGGAAGUUGCAGAAAGAACUAUAACUUCUCUUCGGUGUAACACGGAGCUUGUUUUGUUGCCAAGUUAUAUGCAGUUUCUAUUAUUUUUUAAAAGACUAUUGCCCCGUUAUUUCUCCUUUUGGAUAUUUCGAAUGAUAUUUAAGCACGAUCCAAGUGAAUUUGAACCAAUAAAAAGUUGUGAGUAACGUGAAUAGUCAACUAAACGUUUAUUUAGAGAUAGAAAAGAGAAGAUUCAAAUAAACUUCAUUUUACAUAA